UGAGAAAUAAUCACGAGUCACGAGUUUGUAGGAAACUACUUUGAGGUCUCUGUGUACGUGUGCGCGGUGUGUGAACGCUGAAUUAAUGCGUAACCACCACAACUAAAUUAAGAAGGAUACUAAUAUCAUCUGAUAUUGCCGAUUAGUUUCAAGUUUCAACAAUUCUUCAAAUUUUGUCCAAUAUUUUAUUUAUAGAAGACAAAUUAAUUGAAAGCUAAGAAUUUUUAUAAUAUAAGAGUGUAUGUUAAAAACUGAUCAGGUUUUAUUAAAAAAUUAUUAGAAAAUUAAAAAACAUGGCUGACUCACUAAAUAUAAAUAAAUAUUUGGAAGAACAGAAAAAUGUUAUAUUGAAAAAUAUUGAUAAUCGUGAUUUCUUGUGUGGAGAUGAAAUGUUUUUAGAGAAAAGAUUAAUGUCUAGUAUGAUGGAAAAUAUGGAUAAAAAAGAAGUCCACCAUCAAAAAUUCAAUAAGAAACUUGCUCUUGAUAUGGAAUUAAUAAAAAACGACCCAUUGUCUAUUAGAAUGCGAAAUGCUGGAAAUAGAUUAUUCCGUCAAAAAUCCCACAAUGAAUUAGAUCAUCGUAAAAUAUUGGCAUAUUAUAAUCAGAGUAUUGCUGCUGCUCCUAAUGAUUCUGAAGAAUUAGAACUUGGAUACAGUAAUCGAGCUGCAUUGUUACUCCAUUUACAGAAGUAUAAAGAAUGUUUGCAAGAUUGUGACAGAGCAUUAUCUAGAGUCAAGUCUAAUCAGUUAAAAAUCAAAUUGAUGUUUCGAAAAACUGAAGCCUUAAUUGGUUUAAAAGAUUUUACCACAGCUGAGGCUGUUUUAUUCCAAGCUAAUUGUUUAUUGAAAAAAACAAAUUUAGAUUUUAAACAGAGUUACACAUUCGAAAGGAAGUCUGAAGAUUUUGAAAGGAAAAUUAAGAAACCAUCAGAUGAAGAAAAUAUAAACAAUGUAGGAAAAAAGAUCAAAUUUGCAAACGAACUUCCAUCAUUUGAACCAAAUGUCGAAGCUCCAAGUGCUUCUGAAGCUGUUGCUAUAAAGUACAAUGAAAAAUGGGGUAGACAUAUUGUUGCUACUCGGCAUAUUGAAGCUGGAGAAAUUCUCGUUAGAGAAAAUAGUUAUUAUUCUUUUAUUGAUCCUUCAGAGAUGUGGUUGUUUUGUUCUUUUUGUACCAAACCAUCAUGGAGUCUUAUGCCAUGUAAAGGCUGUAUUUUUGAUGUUUAUUGUUCAGAUAAAUGUCAGUUAGAAGCUAACAAGAAAUAUCAUAAAUUUGAAUGCCCAAUACUUCCAUUUUUAUGUCAAAAAGAUGAUGACCAUAAAUUUUUAUCGUACCAUGUAAGAUUUAUGCUUAUUGCAGUCAAUAACACAGGUAGUAUAAAUCAACUAAAAGAAGAGCUUAUAGCAGCACAUAAAUCCACUGAUCCUCGUAAAAAGGGUUUCAUGGAAGAUGAUAUUUUUCAUAGUGAUGCAAUAAGGAGUUAUUUGUCUUUUCCUGCUAAGACUGAAGAAUGUGAUUAUGUGGAUAGACUUUUUGGUUCAAGCAUUUGCUAUGCAGUAUAUCAUUUGGCAACCAAAACAGAUUUCUUUGGGAAAAAAUAUGAUAUAACACCUCUUGAAAUGAUGUCUGAACCAAACAUGUUUUUCUUUGCUGCUUUAAUGUUCAGGCAAAUUGUAUCUUACAAUAGCCUUAAGUUACAAUAUUAUCAUCCAAAAGGGACAGCAUUUUCAAUGGGAAUCACUCUUCAUCCAUUUUGUAGUUUCUUUAACAACAGUUGUAAAUCAAAUGCAGACUACAUAUUUACUGAAGAUAAUGAAAUUAUUGUAUAUGCUAAUCAACCAAUAGAUAAAGGGUCCCAGAUAUUUAUAAAUUAUUAUCAACAUGAUAUUCUCUUGGUACCAAAAGAUAAAAGGAACAGUGACUACAAUACUUUUAUGAAAUUUACAUGUAAAUGUGUACCUUGCAUAGAAAACUGGUCAAACAUCUGUCUACCCUUUUUGAAGGAUUUACUAGAAACAGCUCCUGAUAUACUCUCCAAUAUAGAGGCAUCGAUAAAGAAUGUAGAAAAUCAAAUAGCUCAAGAUUUUGUUUACAAUCAGGAUUUAAUAAAUGAAGUAUCAAUUGUUAUGAAGAAAAUUGCAGAAGAAGCAACAGUCAACUGUUAUGAGUAUAGAAAUCUUGAGAAGAUUCUAAAUAGAAUACUUGCAGAGUCAUUUGGAAAAAAGUCUUUAGAAUUUCUUGACUGUUGCUAAAGUAUUUUUUUGCUCGAUAUGACACAAUGUUCUAUGUAUUAUCAAUCGUGAUGUCACGGUUAAUUAUAUUUAUUUGUAUUCUCUGUUCAUAAGUUCU